ACUCGUUUGGUGGGGAUGGAGUGAAGAGUCAACACCAUCUACAUCAGAAGAUCAUUGCGUCAAAGCCUUCAGCAUGUCGUCCGUUCACCUUGUCGUCCUGAUCUUCGUGGCCCUGAUGGCCGUGCUGGCCUCUGGCGCCAGAACCACGCGUUGGCCCAAACCACAGAGCACCAAGAAGCCCCCUCGAGCUGGGAGCAGUGGUGGAGGUGGGGGUGGAGGAUUUGUACGGACCACCACCACAACGACCCCAUCCCCUUCCAGCCUGCACACAGAUGAAACAACUGAGAUCAUGAUGGAUGCGUACUCCCUGUCCCCUACAGACAGCACCACCUACCCCAGCGACACUUACCCGACUGAGUUUCACACUGACGCCAUAGCGCCGCCUGGGAACACCCAUGGAAACUAUACACUCGACUACAAUGAAUGCUUCUUCAACUUUUGCGAGUGCUGUCCACCAGAAAAAGGCCCCGUAGGGCCCAUGGGAGAGAGAGGGCCACAAGGGCCACCAGGAGAGAGGGGCCCUAUGGGGUUGCCUGGAGAGAAAGGUGAAACAGGGCCCAGAGGACCUCCAGGACCAGCAGGAUUUCCUGGAGCCAAUGGACUCAAUGGCGACAUAGGUGAAAAAGGGGAUCAAGGACCUGUGGGUCUACCUGGUACUCCUGGGAUCCCAGGAAAACCUGGAGAAAAAGGUGAUCCGGGCCUCCGAGGAGAAAAAGGUGAACGUGGCUUCAGUGGUCUGAAAGGGGACCCAGGAGAAAGAGGAGAGCCUGGCCUGAAUGGGACUAAGGGGAGCACUGGGCGAGAGGGGCCUAUGGGUCCCCCGGGGGUAGCUGGGACAAAGGGUCAGAAAGGUGAACAAGGACUUACAGGCGAGUGUUUACCGGGUGAGAAAGGAGAGAAAGGGGAUGUGGGCGAGCGUGGGCCCCUUGGUCCGAGAGGGGAGAUAGGCCCCCCAGGAGCAAAUGGAACUGGUGGUCCAAAGGGAGAGAGGGGGGAGCCAGGGCCUCCAGGAGGGAAGGGGGAUACUGGGGCAAGAGGGGCCCCAGGACCACCAGGUGGGAGGGGCAUGGCAGGGUUGAGGGGGGAGAGGGGACUUAAAGGUGGGCGCGGGCCUCGUGGUCCGAAAGGCCCUCCAGGUGAGAGCGUGGAGCAGGUUCGCUCUGCUUUCAGUGUGGGUUUGUUCCCCAGCAGGUCCUUCCCUCCGCCCGGCCUGCCUGUGAAGUUUGAUAAGGUGUUUUACAACGGGGAGGGGCACUGGGACCCGACACUUAAUAAGUUCAACGUCACCUACCCGGGGGUCUACUUAUUCAGUUAUCACAUCACUGUGCGCAACCGGCCUGUGCGCGCUGCCCUGGUGGUUAAUGGGAUACGGAAGCUGCGGACAAGAGACUCUCUGUACGGCCAGGACAUCGAUCAGGCGUCCAACCUCGCACUGCUGCAGCUCAGCGAAGGUGACCAGGUGUGGCUGGAGACGCUGAGAGACUGGAACGGAGUUUACUCCAGCAGUGAGGACGACAGCACUUUCUCUGGCUUCCUGCUUUACCCGGACUCAAAGAACAAACCUGCCGCCAUGGAAAACCUGUGACUGCAACCUCUUGACCUUGAGUGAGCUCUUCUUCUACUCCCUGUAGACUCUGCACAGCCUUCAGCCCUGUACUGCACUGCUCUGUCAAAUUAAUGUGAUUCGGCUCAGUCUCGCUGCUCAGUAUCUGCUUUGCUGCUGUUGUGCUAAUCAAACCAACCGCUUUGCUUGCCUUGCUGUAUUCGGAGAUGGAUGAGGCUUGAAUUUACUGCUGUACGCAACAUUUCAGUUCUUUGUAACACUGC